AUGAAAAUGAAUGCAGAUGGAGAUGGACCAGGUGAGAAUGAAGCCUCAUUCUGGAUUGGAUAUGAAGACCUUUUCAAGGAAAUACAGGACAUGAAGUCCUACUAUGAACGAAUGGCUGAAUUGUGCAAUGAAGCCAUACAAGAGCCACAUGCAUGUAUGAAGAAGAAAAUGAAAGAAGUUACAAUUCCUAGUCAACCCAAACGGACAUUGGAAGAAGUACUAAGGGACAAGAAAGAAAGGAAGGAAGUGGUAAAAAGACAAUGCCGAAAUUCACAAUUAUUUUAA